UGUGGUGUGAAGGAUAAGAUGUUUUUUUCUAAGUAAUUUGACUCCUUCCUUUUUGCGUCUCUAAUUCUCUCUCCUCCUUUUUCUGCUCGAAAUAUAAUACAAUCUAGCAGCAUUUCGAUUGAAUUGGGCAGAAGUUCCACUCUUCACACAGACAUACACACACUCAAACGACAACGAAUGCUUUCUCUCUCCUCUUUCACUUUCUCACUCAACCUCACUCUCUCUGUUUUCUAAGAAGACAAACCAAGCCAUCUUAAUCCUCAAUCAGAUCUCCCUUUUUCAGUUCACUCUCUGCAGCACCAACCAUACUCUCUCCUUCUCUCACACACCCACGAAUGCUGGUGCCAAACAAAGCAACCCAAACCAAUACGCCGUCGUAUGCAACACCCAAAUGAGGUGCAAGAAACAUACCUUAGACCUUAGCAGCACCGUCGGGGUCUGCGCCUCCUGUCUCAGGGAACGCCUCAUAGCCCUCGUUGCCGCACAGGCCCAGGCCCAGCUCCUUCAUCCUCAGGCCCAAUUAACGCGAGUCAUCUCACGCGCCUCCGACGAUUGUUCCAGAACCUCAGACCCCAACCCUCCCCCACCCUUAAUUUUCCCUCGCUCCGUCUCGCCCUACGUCUCUCGCCGGAAGUCCGACUACGCCGCCGCCUGGCAGGGCUGCGACGACCGCCGCGAGCGUCUCUUCUACAGCACUCCGCAGCUCGGUCCCACCUUCUGCGGCGGUGAUUCCGCGUACCACGGCGACUCGCGGUCGUUCAAGAAACGCCUGAACAAGUUCCGCAUAUUCGCGAGGUUCUUCCGGUCCAGAUCGGAUAAGUUUCAAUCCGAUCCGUCGUGCGAGAAAUCCUCGUACGCGUCGCCGUCAUGGUUCUCCUCGCUUUUCCCUGCUCGCCGGAGGAACAAGGAUCGGACCGGCGCGCCGGAGGAGUAUUCAUCGGCCGCGCGUCGGCGGUUUCGCCCGUCGGAUCGCGGAAUGUCGCCCGUGAGGACCGAGGAUUUCGGCGACGAGUGCGAUCAGUCGCCGUCUGGAAGCGGAUACAUCUCGGAGGCUUCGCCGUGGUGGCGGAGGACUCCGACGGUCGCGCCUUCGGCUCGACGAUCGCGGUUUGGACACACAAAGAGCGCGUCCGGUUCUGGUAUGGCGCUUUGCCUGAGUCCUCUGGUUCGGGCGAGUCCAAACCGGAGGUGGAACCACAAGGGAUUGCCGCCGGAGAUGGCCGCGGCGGCAGACGCCAGGGCCGCAGCAGCGAAGCCUCACCUCUCCGCCGCGGCGUCGUUUUGCGCAAACCGUUCCAGGAAGCUCGCAGAUUUUGGACGAGUCAACCACAAUCGUUGAUUUUUACCUUUUCGUGACCCGACCCGUGAUUCUCAUUGUCAUUCUAUUCGUUUUGCGGUAUUGUGCACAUUCUUCGUUUUCCUUUCAGCAUAAAGAAAAAAAAAAAACAGAUAUUUUUUUUUUCUAAUUCUCCUUGUACACAAAUUGUUCACUACAUGAAACACAAGUCUAGUUCGAUUUUUGUUAAGAAAAAAUUACAAUACAUUUCA